AUGAUUUAUUCAAACCAACCACUUAGCCAGGUUGGUGCAAGAUUCAAUGCUGGUAGAGCAUUUGAUGUAGAAGACGACGUUGAAUUCUGCCCUGCUUUGUCAGAAGAAGAGGUCAACCUCUAUCGAUAUGGUAUGCUGGACAGCCAUGGAUCACCCAACCACAACUUAAAUAGCUUGAGUACAUCAGCUCAAACGACUCCUCCUCAUAGUACAGCGGCCCCUGACUAUUACUACAGUAGUGGUUCAAGCGGAGGAUCACCAAUUUCAAGAGCUGGUGGAGCGGUUUUGGCCAGUGGAGGUACCUAUUAUUAUAAUACGGGAAACAACGGUAUGAGCGGUCCUUCUUCUGCCGGCGGUGUUCUUAUGAUGGGAGGACCAGCUGUAGCUAGCACUCCAGUACGUCGGAGACCUGUUGAUAUUAUUGACCCGAUGACUGGAAGUAAUGUAUCUUCCCCAAUUGCCGGAGGAGGAUAUUACUCGACACCCCAUAAUUCAAGUAGUGCUUCGGGAAGCACUGUAUACUAUACUGCUAAUAAUUCGACCGUCAGCAAUGGAUCUCCAAUGAGAGGUAACUUUUCUGGUACGCAAUAUCCGGUUAGUGCCGGUGUAGAUACCUAUGGGACAUCGGUCAGAGGACGGGCUUGGUAG